AUUCUAUCAUUCAUUCACAAUUAGCUUUUGAAGUUUGUGUUUCAAAAACCCCAUCUCCCCUCUCUCUCUCUCUCUCUCACACACACACACACCACCAAAUGGCUGCAUCCUGCUAUGGAAUGUCUGCAAUCUCAUGUGUUGCAAGAAGCAGACAGCUACUUGGAGUUGGAGUCUCAAACUUUGUGAAGACAGAUCUCAAGUUUAGAGUCAGAAGCUCGUCCCAGGAUAACGAGAUGCCCCAACCCAACCCAACCCCUCCCAAGCCUAAGAUGAGCACCAGCUUCUUCGACGUGUUGGCCUUCAGCGGGCCGGCGCCGGAGCGGAUCAACGGGCGGCUGGCGAUGACCGGAUUUGUGACUGCGAUCGCGGUGGAGCUGGCCAGCGGGAGGGACAUCUUCUCGCAGCUGCAGAACGGCGGUUUGCCGUGGUUCGUCUACACGAGCGCUUUGCUAUCGGUGGCUUCACUCGUCCCUUUGUUCAGCGGCCAGACGCCGGAAUCUAAAGCCGGCGCCGUCAUGACCUCCGACGCCGAGCUGUUGAACGGAAGGUUGGCGAUGCUCGGCCUCGUCGCUUUGGCUCUCACCGAGUAUGUCAAAGGUGGCGCGCUUGUGUCCCUCUAAGCUAGCUACACUGAUAGAGAAGAUGUUUAAAUUUCUUUAUUUACUUGUGUAAUUUAUUAAAAAAAAAUCUGAUUAGUAGCAUUAUUUUUCUUCUGUAUUUUUUUUAGAAUCUUUGGUAAAAUUAUUGAAUGUAUGGAAAUCAGUAAAAUUACUAUUCAACAAGUACAAACUUAAUCAAA